GCCGCUAGGGACAGUCAGCUUUGUGAGGAGAGUCGGUUUCUGGAUCCUCGGUGGCGGUGCCGGAAUCAGAGCGGGACCAACGCGGGAUAAGAGCUGGUCACCACUGGGACCAACGCGGGAUCACAGCGGGACCAAAGCGGGCGUAGCGCUCUGAACAAGCUGUCACACUAUGGCCGGAGCGAUGGCCAUCCUGGGCUCCUCUAUUCUGGCCCUCCUAUUGGCUGGGUACUUGGCACAGCAGUACCUGCCCCCACCCAAACCGAAGGUGAUCGGCGUGGACCUUGGCACCACCUACUGCUCGGUUGGCGUUUUCCAGCCUGGCACCGGCAAGGUGGAGGUGAUUGCAGACAAGGCUGGGCGGAAGAGUUUGCCAAGUGUGGUGUUGUUCACCGACCAAGGGAUACUGGUAGGGUACGAGGCACAGGAACUGGCAGAUGCCAACCCACUAAACACUGUGUACGAUGCUAAACGCUUCAUAGGGAAGCACUUUACACCGGAGGAACUGAGGACCGAAAGCAGCCGCUAUCAGUUUAAGAUCUUGUACAACGAGGGUGACGCUCAGUUCUCUGUUUUUGCUAAUGAAUCGUUGCGUGUCACGCCCGAAUACAUCGGCUCCCAGUUGCUGUUAGAAUUGAAGAAGAUGGCAGAGCAAUACCUGGGGGCACCCGUGAGCAAAGCUGUCAUCUCAGUUCCAGCAGAGUUUGACGAGAGGCAGAGGAACCACACAGUGAAAGCUGCACAACUGGCAGGAUUGGACAUUCUGCGAGUGAUCAAUGAGCCAACAGCGGCUGCUAUGGCCUACGGGCUCCACAAGGUGGAUGUUUUCAACGUGCUAGUGGUGGACUUGGGGGGUGGCACCUUGGAUGUAUCCCUGCUGAACAAACAAGGAGGAAUGUUCCUGACCAGAGCAAUGGCAGGCAAUAACCAGUUGGGCGGCCAGGAUUUCAACCAGCGGUUGCUGCAGUUCCUGUUUAACCAGAUACACCGGCAGUAUGGAACUGUGCCGAUCCAAAAGCAAGACGUGCACCACCUGCGCCAAGCCGUGGAAGCAGCCAAACUGAACCUGACCCUCUACGACUCGGUGCUAAUCCAGGUGCCGCUAUCACUGCCGGACCCCAGGCAUCCCACUGAAGGAGGAGAUGAGGCCAGUGGCAGAGGCAGCAACGUUUUGUUUAAAGAAAUAGUGACCAGGGACCUGUUUGAGGAGCUGAACCGAGACCUGUUCGAGAAGAUCCUGGACCCCGUGGAGGACGUGCUGUCCCGUGGUCACUUGGGACGGUACGAGGUGGACGAGAUCGUGCUCGUCGGCGGCUCCACCCGCAUUCCUCGGAUACGCCAGGUUAUCCGCGAGUUCUUCGACAAGGAGCCAAACACCUCGGUGGAUCCUGACCUGGCGGUGGUGAUUGGUGUUGCCAUACAGGCGGGGAUCAUGGGAGGCUCUUGGCCCCUGCAGGUCAGUGCCCUAGAGAUUCCCAACAGGCAUUUACAGAAAGUGAACUUCAACUAAUGGAUUCCCGUUACAGUCCCCCUCCUCCCCACCUACAUUGAACUUAAUCCUAAAGGAUUGAAAGACGAUUAUUUUUGUGCGAUGGUCUGGAUCAGAGGUGGGUGAAUGAUUCUCUUCACCAUUCUCUUCAGAUCAACCUCCCAGUCUUCUGUUAAAUCAUUCCACAAGGUUAGUCAUUGCUAAUUUUGGGAGCUUUGCUUUUUCAGCACUUUGGAGUCCCAUGUUCCUUUUUUUUUUACACGUGGUUUUUGAGUGAACUGGGUCUGAUUAAUACUUGUACUGCAUUGCACAUUAUCUUGAGCCAGUCACCAAUGUUGCUGCUUGCUGAAACAUUAGUAGAAUCUGGCCUUUCGCGAUUUGCACCGUUUUAUUUUCCUCUCUUGCCUCGUUGAUGACUCUAUGCCAACGUGACUCAUCAUGUUCCAUCAAGCCCAGAGGACUGGGGGAAGUAUGUGGAUUUCGGCCGCGACCCACACUGUUUCUGUUCUUGACUGAUUUGGGUUUUCCUGUAGGAUUGGGCUCAAUCGUCACAGGGACAGGUGGCGGGAAAAGACAGGUUGGGUUCCUGUCUCUGCUUGCCCCCCCUGUGUUGGGCAUUGGACAUCGAGUCAAGACAACACUGACGUUAACCUGACAACACUCGCUUAUCUUAAACUGGCACUCGAAGAAUGAGCAGCCUUCAGAGAGGUGCAACAGUGGGCAAUUGAUUCUCGAUGGUGAUGCCUUCAGGGGAGAGGGGGUGUUAGCGAUAAAAGACUGUGGAGUUUAAAUAUGUCCUGUAAAUAGCCUGAUGAUAGAUUGGAUGAUGAAGAUACUGACUGUGUGAUGGAAGUUCUGAGAGGAUUGAGAAGAUCUUCUCCAGAAGAUUCACCCAAAGAAUUUGGGGGGGUGCGGGGAUGUCGGGUGAAGAAUCACUGCUUCUACCUGAGGGAAGGUUUAUUUACUUAAAAGUAAUUUUUAUACUUUUGUUUUGUUUGUUUAGUGCCGUAAGCCAAAUGUGAAUGUAGAAUAAAUUUAUUAAAUAUAUAUUUAUAUAUAUAUAUAUUUUUAAAAUUUUAUAGAUUAAGCAAAUUGUCUUUAUGAAUUGAACCUGGUUUGAAGACCUUCUUUGUCCUUGGUGCAAAAAUAAGUUAGAAAUUCAUAGCAACGGGUAAGCAUUUAAUAAAUUAUCCACAGUGUUCUUCUCUGGGGGGUUCACUCAUGCUCAAACCUCUUUUUUAAAAAUUAAUUCUUGGGAUGUGACCAUCACUGGGAACAUUGACAUUUGUUGCCCAUCCCUAAGUUGCCCUUGAGGUGGUGGUGGUGAGCCACCUUCUUGAACCACUGCAGUCCAUGUGGUGUAGGUACUGAGCUGGUUGGGCAUAAGUUCCCAGCAAUUUUGGCCCAAUGAUGCUGAAGGCACGGUGAUGGAGUUCCAAGUCAUGAUGGUGAUAAUUGCGGGGGGGACUUGUUUCCAUGUGCCUUGGCGAAUUGCUGCGGCGCACCUUUUCGAUGGUAUACACUGCAACCAUGGUGUGCUGAUGGUGGAGGUUUCAACUGGUAGACAGGCUGCUGAUCAGUGGAACUGCUUUGCCCCCCGGAUGGUGUUGAGUUUCUUGGGCGUUGUUGCAACUGCACGCAUCUAGGUAAAUGCAAAGUAUUCCAUCAAACUCCUUAACCUGACUGGCUCACGUUGCCUAGCUGAUAGCAGCACGGCUCUGAGUGUUCCAGUCCAUUUGCGGGGUUAAUCUGUCAUAGCCACACUGUGCCGUGCAGGAGCACUCUCUGCACGUGGAGUCACAGCGGAAGAGAGAAGGGAAACGGGUUCGAGGCUCUUCUGAAAGUGCGGAAUGGGGAAAGAAUAUUCCUGAAAGAAGCUAUUUUUUUGUACCUACCAACACCUCGCUAAGUUGUAAUAAGUAAAAUGCUAAUUUUUAAAGUGAAGUGUUUUGAAUGAGACAGUCCUUCCCAGUUAGGGAUUUAAAUGGUGAAGGGUAACUACACACCUAUUUGUAAAUGUACGCUUUACAAAAUUCUGAGCCAUUCCUGUAGCCAGCAGUACCAGCUCUGAUGCAGUUUCGGACUUCCCCCCAACAUUGUGUUGGAAGCAUCUUGCACUUCCAGUAUUUUCUCAGCCAGUCCUCACUGGUCUCUGUCCUUGGCUCUGGGUACUUACAGCACUAUGGAACAACUGGUAAUAGGAGGAGAUACAGAGGCAAGGAUGGCAAAAAAGAAGCCCAAAGCCCCAAUGAGAUAAGUGUGCGUCAUUGCUGUAACCUGUCUGCCUGCUAGCUGCAUCCCACUCCGUCCCGGUGUUAACAUGACAUCUUGUUGUGUGAAUUGAAGCCCCACAACAUAAUGUAAUUAUGGCUGUAACAAGAGGUAUGAGCUGUGUCUCUUUGUGUUUUUUUUAAAUUGACGGAGGAUUCUUCAAAAAUCUAAACAAAGCUAUGGGCGGGAGAAAUAGUUUGGGGGGAGUGUUUUUAAAGCUCAGGGUUUGUGUAGCUGCUUUACUUUAUUCGUCUAAUCAAUUUCAUUUGAUCAUUAAAAAUGUUUGUGGUCUGUAUACAAUGAGGAUCAACUCAGUUUUGUUUGGUGUAUCAGUGCCGGUCUCCACAGGGAUAGCCACCCCUGCCCCAUAGCCCUGUUUUGGGCACUGUUCUUAACCCAUCCCCUCAAAUGAUUCCUACCAGUGUCAACCCUGUAAGCACCUACUUUGCAUAGUAAUUACAGCAGAAAGUGAUCAUUUGGCCAAACAGGUCCAUGUCAGUGUUUACACUCUGCACAAACCUCCUCCCACUCAGUUGGGCCCUUUUGACAUAUCCUCUGUCCUUCUACCUUCCCCUUAAAUGCAUCUAUGCUGUUUGCCUCUAUAAUACCAUGUGGUAGCGAGUUUCACAUUCUCACAAUUCUGGUUAGAGAGGUUUUUUUCCUGAAUUCCUUGUUGGGUUUAUUACUAUUGAGGAGUCUAACAUUUUAUCCUGGUAUUAGCUGCCUCAAGAAAAGCCACAAUGUGGAACAGUAUUAUUUUUCAAAGAAUCAUAUGACAGGGAAGAAGGCCAUUCAGCCCAUCAGCCUGUGUCAGUUCUUUGAAAGAGCCAUGCAAUUAGCCCCACCCCUUCCCUGCUCACCUCACAGUUCUGCAAAUGUUUUGCCUUCAUUUAUCAAUUAAUUAUUUACCCAUUUCAUUUUUUGAAAGUUGAGUUGAAUCUGCUUCCACCAUCAUUUCCAGGCAGCAGAUUCCUUAUCACAAUAGCUUACUACUUAAAAAUUCUAGUUCAUACUUGAAGUGAGAUAUGAAAAAGUUAACAUGCCUUUCACUGAAAUCUUAGUGACACUGAUUUCUUCUCUCUCCCCCUCCUCUUCCCCCCGCCUUUCCUCCCCAAUUCCUUCAGCAACUGUAAUGAAGGGAUAGACCUGGUCUCUUCCCAUUUUGGUAGCUGAAAUCAACAAACUCUGGGUCUAGUGAAGUGGUGUCAAUUGUGUUUUUAUUAAUUUUCCUCCAACCCCUUUCAACUAAUACAAUCCACUGAGUGGUCCUACCCCCCCCCCCCCCCC